AAAAUAUUGACGUAGAACCAUAUGUUUCUACAGUAACAUCCUCUGAUUGCUUGAUUUUUUUCCCUCCCAUUUUCCUUCUAGACCUGUUUAUAAAUUGUUGUUUGUGUGAGAAUGGAAAAUCAGAUGUUUAGAUUUAUUAGAAGAAUAUACAAAAUAAGAAUAAAUUGGCCCUCGAUAAUGAUUACAAAAGACCCUAUAAGGGGAGCCACAAACUUUUAUGCAUGGCUUGUAUAACAUUCAUUUUGUCUGUUUAGAGAUAUUGCUUAAUCCUUAGUUUUCAGUUAUAUUCUGGAUAUAAAACAAUAAAUAAGGUUAGGGGCACCUGGGUGGCUCAGUCAGUUGAGUGUCCAGUUUUGGCUCAGAUCAUGAUUCUCACGGUUUGUGAGUUCAAGCCCUGUGUCAGGCUCUGUGCUGACAGCUCAGAGCCUGGAGCCUGCUUGGGACUCUGUGUCUCCCUCUCUCUCUGCCCCUCCCCUGCUCACACUCUGUCUCUCAAAAAUAAAUAGACAUAAAAAAAUAGUAAAUAAGGUUAAUAAAGCUACGUGGUGUCUUGCUGUGUACGCUUAAGGCCCUACAAAAAUAUUCAGAUCAACUUAGUUUUCACGCUAUUCUAUUUUACAGAGGUGAAAAAAAAAGGUAGGUGUCUUUUUUUAAAUGAUAAACAUAUAUUUACUGUUUUGUGAUAGUGUAAUUGGGAGUUGAACUUAAUUCUUAGGAAAAAGAAAACUCUCAUACAAAGACCCCCCCCCCCCAAAAAAAAAACCCAUCUCAUAAAACUAAAAAAGAAAAAUAAAAAAUCUUUGCCAAAUGAAAGAACCCUGUAAUGGUAGAGUUCGGAAUGAUUGAGCUUAUUUUUUUCCCUUAGUAACUGAGAAUUCAUUGAAAUUAUACAAAACAUUAGAAAUCCUCACAGUUUGUAUAUCUUAUUCCUAAUCUAUGGAGUUUAAAGAAAAAGAGUUGUGGAGACUGCUAUUAACUUAAAUGACAUAGGAAAACUGAAAGGGAGAACAGAAAGUGGGAAAUUCCUAUGAAAUAGAAAGGGGACCAUCCUGUAUAAAUAGGCCAUACUCAUGGAAGAAGGGCAUUCACACUGCAAACUCUCGAAGUCUUUGCUUCAGCACCUAGACAGUAGCAGGCAAGACUUCCUAUUUUCAUCAUGACCGGCAGGCGCAUCCUCCAAAUCGCUCUCUUGGUGUGUUUCUUCACCACUGCGCAUUCCGUGAGCUACAAGCUGCUUGGAUUCCAACUAAGAAGCAGCAGUUUGGAGUGUCAGGAGCUCCUGGUGAACUUGAACAGAACCUCUAAAUAUUGCCUCAAGGACAGGAUGAACUUCGAGGUCCCUGAGGAGAUUAAAAAAUCACAGCGGUUCCAGAAGGAGGAAGCCAUAUUGGUCAUCAACGAGAUGUUCCAGAAGAUCUUUAAUAUUUUCAGUAGAAGCACCUCUAGCACGGGAUGGAAUGAGACCACUGUUGAGAACCUCCUUGCGACACUCCACUGGCAGAAGGAACACCUGGAAACGAUCCUGGAGGAAAUCAUGGAGGAGGAAAACUUCACCUGGGACAAUACGACCCUUCUGCACCUGAAGAAAUACUACUUAAGGAUCGUGCGGUACCUGAAGGCCAAGGAGUACAGCAUCUGUGCCUGGACAGUAGUCCACGCAGAAAUCCUCAGGAACUUUUUCUUCCUUGAGAGACUUAUAGAUUAUCUCCAAAACUGAAGCUCUCCCAGCCUGUACCUCUGGGAAUGGACGAUGCUGGCAAUGGUUUCAGGGAUUCUUCAACUCACAGAGACUCUGUAAGUGACUGGCAGCUAAUGUACUCCAUGUGAAAGAACAAAGACUUUAAAUUGUUUUAUUAAUAUAUGCAUUAAGUUAUUUUUCUAUUUAUUUAAAAUUUUCCCCGGAAAAUAAAUUUUUUUAUGAACAAAAGUCAAAGGAGCAGUU